AUGGGCGGGGAAGAGCCAUAUUAUGAGGCAUUGCCUACCAAUUUAAAACCAACUCACUACGACUUGUCGAUUUAUGACAUCAAUGCCGAGAAAGACACGUUCAAGGGUACGGUUGUUAUACAUUUGGAUGUGGUGGAAGCCGCAAGUGAGCUAUACCUUAAUUAUAGAGACAUCAAGGUUGCCUUGGAAAGCAUAUCUGUUGAAGUGGACGGGAACCCCAUUUCUGUUGUUGCAAUUGAGGAAAAUGCAAAGAAGGAGUAUUUCAUUGUGAAAUUUGCUGCUGCUGCUGCUGCUGCUGCGGAGAAAGUCAAAGUGACGAUUACUUACGACGCCUUGAUUCAGAAUAACAUGGCUGGGUUUUACAAGUCGAGCUACGUCGAAGCCGGCAAGGAGAAGUUAAUGUUGAGCACGCAAUUUGAAGCCACAGACGCGAGAAGAGCGUUCCCGUGUCUUGACGAGCCAAGUCUCAAGGCCACUUUCAAAGUAGACGUAACGGCAGACAAGGAAUGGACAAUCUUGGGAAACACGCGCGCCAAGAGACGCGAAGAGGUGGGCGAUGAGUUACAAAAAGUGGAAUUUGAAAAGACACCCGUAAUGUCCACCUAUUUAUUAGCUUGGGCGUGUGGUGAAUUCGAGUAUAUUGAAUCAUUCACCAAGGAAAAUUACAACAACGGCAAACCGCUUCCCGUGAGAAUCUAUACUACUCCAGGCUAUUUGGAAGACGCCAGGCUCGCCUCGGAGCUCACCCCGAAAAUCGUCGACUAUUUUUCCAAGAUCUUUGAGAUCCCGUAUCCGUUACCCAAGUUGGACCUCAUUGCCGUGCACUCGUUUUCACACAAUGCAAUGGAAAACUGGGGACUCAUAACAUACAGGUCGACUGCGCUUUUGUUCUCGGAAACAAAGUCGGCCCCGUCUUAUAAGCAAAGAGUCGCCUAUGUGAUAGCCCACGAGUUGGCGCAUCAAUGGUUCGGGGAUCUUGUAACUAUGAAGUGGUGGGAUGAACUCUGGUUGAACGAAGGGUUUGCCACCUGGGUUGGCUUUGUUGCUGUUGAUUAUUUGUACCCCGAGUGGGAUAUAUUCAGUGGAUUCGUAUCUGAGUCGUUGCAACAGGCUUUGGAUUUGGACGGUUUGAAAAACUCACAUCCAAUUGAAGUGCCCGUGGUGGAUGCAUUGGAUAUCGACCAAGUCUUUGACACCAUUAGUUAUCUAAAAGGCGCAUCAACUAUUCUAAUGAUUUCCAAAUACUUGGGCACUGAGACAUUCUUAAAAGGCGUGAGCUUAUACCUCAAGAGAAACGCAUAUGCCAAUGCCACGAGCCAUGAUUUAUGGGCAGCCGUGAGUGAAGUUUGUGGCAAACCAAUCGACCAACUUAUGGACCCGUGGAUCAAAAAAGUGGGAUUCCCAAUUGUGACUGUGGACAGGCACGGUGAAAAUUUGGUGUUGACCCAGCUGAGAUUUUUGAAUGGUGGUGGUGUCACACCCGAGGAAAAUGAAACUAAAUGGUGGAUUCCUUUAAAUAUUGAAACAGAUUCCGCCACGUUGAAGAAGCAUGAAAAAGCCGAUUCUUUUGCAAGCGAAAAACUCGUGAUUAAUGAGUUUACCUUGGAGAAAAAUGAUUCCGUCUUUUUCAAAAUCAAUAAAGAUACCGCUGGUGUUUACCGAGUCAAGUAUGACGAGUCGAUUCUCAAGGACAAUAUACUUGCCCACUUUGAUAAACUAUCGGCGAGGGAUAAAGUGGGCUUGAUUGCAGACUCGGCCGCUAUUGCCUGCGCAGGAAACAGCUGCACAACUGCAUUUCUCAAACUCGUGGUGGACAUCGUGCCCCAGCUAGGAGACGAUUACGUGGUUUGGUUAGAGCUUGGCAAACGAUUGAGUGAUUUCUCGAUUGCCUUCACCACGAGUGAUGCAGAAGUUGCAAAAAUCAAACAGUUUCUCACUAAAAUAUACGCACCAAAAGCCGUCGAAAUUGUCGAGGCAAUUGGCGAGUUUAACAAAUUUGACAAUGCAGAUUUUUUGGAGACAAAAUUCCGGUCCGAGAUAUUGACGCAGGCAGGUAAGGUGCAGAUUCCUCAAGUCUAUGACUUUGCAUUGAAGUUGUUCAAUGAGGGCAAUAUCCACCCUUCGUUGCGCUCAUUUGUCUACACCACUAUAGCAUCCUCGCCACGUUUCAACCAACAGCAAUUUGAGACUUUGCUUACCCAAGUUACCCACCCGAGCUCGCUUGACUCGAGAGAAAUUGCGCUUGGUGCAUUGGGAUCGGUCACCAACGAGUCCAUCGCACCGCUUCUUCUUAAUGCGCUCAUUGACACCAGCAUUAUCCCCGCCAUGGACCUGCAUUUCUUGGGCAAACCACUUUGCACAAACUUUGCCACCAGGAAGUUGUUUCUUUCCUUUUUCUUGGAACACUAUGAAAGUUUCUACAAGAUCAUGUCGACGAAUAUGGUUGUGUUGGACCGGUUUGUAAAGUUGACAUUGCGAAACUACCUGACGCGGUCUGAUUUGGACAGGAUUGAAAAGUUUUUCGCCACGAGGAACGUGCAUGGGUUUGAACGUAGUUUGAAGCAAGCGUUGGACAAUGUCAAGAUUAAUUACAACUGGUACGAACGCGACCAUGAAAAAGUUGCAAAAUAUUUAAAUGAGUAUGAUUAUGAAGCUUGA